AAGGCAGAGAGAGAAAGAGAGUGAGUGAGAGAGACAGAGAGAGAGAGAGAGAAGAGAGUGAGUGAGUUACAAAACGAAGAGUGACAAAGCCAUUUCGCCAUUUUCAUUUUUCACUCGUCUCGCAGCAAAAGCGAGAAAGGUUUAGUUUACGCUUUUCUGGUUUCGAUCCGUACAUUUUCCCCUGGCGUUACGAUCACCGGAGCUGCGUGACUUUUCGACCUCGAUAACGCACUCUAUGUGAUUCCUUGCGUUUUGAGGUUGCUUCCGUCUAACCAGGUUCACAUUUUAGGAGUAGCUGAAUGGUAGGAGGUGAAUGGUCUAGCGUUAAUUACUUCAACUUUAGUUGAAGGAUUUGCCUUGGUGAAUCUGUGAAGAUUGAAGAAUUGAUUUGUAUAUAUUACUUGUCUGGCAGAAAGGAUUCAAAAUGAGUUGGAACCCACACAUGGAUGUCCAUUACAAUAACAUCAGCUAUCCCUACAAUACAGCAGGAAGCUUUAUUGAAUAUUUUGAAGGUCUCACCUACGAACAUGUCAACUUCAUUUUUUCCGGUGCAUCACAUGCUCAGGAGAGUUCAUACCCUUCAAAUUCAAGCUUUUACAAGUUUGGACUCUCUGAACCUGAGAGUACUUCAUACUAUCGUUACAGUCAUGGUUAUGAGGUAAAUCAUCAUGAACCACUGGUAGAUGAAUAUAGGAGGCCUUCAGAAAACUCAUCGACAAUCAACGAACAGACGGCAGCAGUAAGUACAGAAUGGGGAGAAGGAGGAAACACUGCCACACAAGAGAAUUCUAUUGAAUGUCCACGAAGACAUCAUAGUAAUUCCAAUGAUUAUCAGGUCAUUUGGCAAGACAAUAUUGAUCCCGACAACAUGACCUAUGAGGAACUACUUGAAUUAGGUGAGGCUGUUGGAACUCAAAGCCGUGGUCUCACCCAAGAACAGAUCUCCUUGCUUCCAGUUUCAAAGUACAAGGGUGGUUUCUUCUUGAGGAAGAAGUCACGGGAUGAGAGAUGUGUGAUUUGCCAGAUGGAAUAUAAAAGGGGGGACAAGCGGAUCACUUUGCCAUGUAAACAUGUCUAUCAUGCCAGUUGUGGGAACAGAUGGCUUAGCAUCAAUAAGGCUUGCCCUAUAUGUUACACGGAGGUGUUUGCCGACAAGUCAAAACAUAAAUAAUUACGGACGAGCGAAAGAAGUAACCCGCAUAUGUUCUGUUUCUCCUUGAGUUUGGGGGUCUUUCAUAGAAAUACAUUUAUUUGUUUUCCUUUUUUCGUAGUGAGGUAAGCCAUUGUGUCUGGUUUAGUAAAAUUACAAAGAGAGCAGUUGCUUGGGUCAUAAUCCCAAAGUUUUAUAAAGAAUAUGGACAUGCAUCAUGGUUGUAUUGGAGAGGCUGGAUUAUGGUUUGUUUUAGUAGUAAUUUUAUACAGUGUGCUAUGAUUUCACGUACUUAUGAUCACCUGCUGCUGAUAGUGUGUUGGAGAGGCUGGAAUCUGAACAUGUAUUCACAAUUUUUAUGGAAAUUUCUUCAAACACUUAUCGUGUUAUUUACGUCAUUGGA